GGCACCCCGCAGCCCGUCGCGGGUCCUCGGCGUGUGGCGCGGUAUUUCUCUGCUUCAUUAGACGAGAUAAACCCCGGAAUAAUGAGAUAUUAACGCGGGGAAGAGCGCGUGCUGACAUGCCGUCCUGCGCUGAGAGCAGCUGGUUCGCGAGGAAGGUGGUCAGAUGGCGAGCCACUGCCAGUGUCUCAUGGUCAGUGCUGCUGCUGCCGGCCACAACCAUGCUUUUUAUUUUCCUCAUUAGGUUCCAAUUGUUUCACCCCAUCCAGUGGACUUCAGAAUGUUUAGGACUUCUGACUGCGGCGAGCACCAUCUUCUCCCUUCUCCUGCUGAGUGGAGUAGUGCUGGUGAUUGGCUUUUUCAACCUGGAGUAUUAUACAGUUGUGCCCUCCAUCCCAUGCUCCCGAGUGGCUCUCCUGGCUAAAGUGCUGCACCCACGGCAGUGUGUCCACUCUCUGGUGCACUGCACUGUGGGUAUGGUGGUGAUGUGGUGUGCCUCCGUUAUGGCCGGUGGCCGGUAUCGCACUCUCGGCUUUCCCUGCACGCACAGCGAGAGCAGCAGUGGCGCUCAUGAUGCCUGUCUAAACGAGUAUCACCUGUUCUUCCUGCUGGCCGGAGCUUUCAUGGGAUACAGCCACAGCUUCUUGGGAGUCGUCCAAAAUAUGAAUUACGUGUCCUUUCAGAUCAUACAGCAAUAUAAGUACCUGCGCUUUAAAGGCUCCCUGCCGUGGGUGGUGAAGUGCAGCGCUGUUCAGUCUCUGUAUUCAGUCAGGAAUUAUGUGGCUCUCUACUUCUUUUUUGGUCAUAUUCCCAGAGCGUGGAUCUCUAACACACUAAAUCUGCAGAUUGACAGUUCUCUUCACUCUCUGGACUCGCUGGCCGGACUGCUGGACUUCUCUCUGCUUUAUCAUCUGUGGAUCAGUGGCACCUUCCUGCUGUUCACCUGGUACAUCACCGUGCUGCUGUUCAGGAUCUACGUCACCGAGUCGUACAGCUUCCCAGUGCAGUCCACGUUCGCUGAGGAUGCGGAGCAGUGUCUUCCUAAAGUCCUGGCUGAAAAGAACACCCUGAUUAUGAAGUUUCUGGCCCUGCAGGACCUGGCUUUGCUGUCCCAGCACUCACCUUCUCGCAGACAGGAGGUUUUCAGCCUGAGCCAGCCAGGUGGUCAUCCUCAUAACUGGAACGCCAUCAGUAAGGAAUGUCUGGCUCUGCUGAAUGAGCUAAUGCAGCGCCUCGUGGCUCACCAUGACGCCGUGGCCUCCAAUGGCAGAGCGAAACCUCCGUCUGCCAGCAGUGAUGCCAGAUCCUCCUCAGAAACCUCAGUUUCCUCUGUGGUGAUGUCAGGGACGGAGGAUUUGCCCCAGACUCCGCGCCCCAGCGUUCUGAUGCGGACCCCUGGCUCAGUCUUCCUGAAGUCAUCCAACAGAAGUGUGGGCAGCCCCGUGACUGCCCCAUUCACCCCCGACCUGGACAGCCCUUUCUCCACGCCUGCCUUGCGCCGCCUGGCCCCCCAGCCGGGCCCUCAACAGGCCACCUGGUUCAGUUCUGUUCAGAGCCCACACGUCAUGAGGAGAGGCCCCAAACUCUGGAGUGCUUCCACAGACUCUCAGACCAAUGGCAGCGCUACUGCGUCUCCUGCUCCCGCCCCCAGCUCUCCACCUCCAGAGCAGAAACCCAGCUUCAUCGCCCAGUGGCUCCAGAACAGGAAGGAACAGGUGAGAGGUUUCUUGGCGAAGCGGGUGCUGGUAGUGUAUUUGUUUAAUAAGCUGCCAGAAGCUUCGAGCCAAGCCUUGUUUGCUGAUGGCCAAGCGCAUAUUUGGGCUCUGGAAGGUUUGUCUCAUCUGGUGGCUUCUUCCUUCUCUGAGGACAAGUACGGAGUGGUCCAGACUACGUUACCCAGCAUCCUUGGCAGCAUGUUGUCUUUGCAAGAGGCUGUGGACAGGCACUUCAAGCUCCCUCAUGCCUCCAGUAAGCCGGUGAAGACGAGCUGCAGUCUGGGAGACUCCACGUAUAAAACUCUCCGCUUCGCCCUGAGGGCCGCCCUGAAAACCGCCAUCUACAGGAUAACCUCUACGUUUGGAGAGCACUUAAAUGCCGUCUGUAUAUCAGCGGAGCAUCAGAAAAGACUUCAGCAGUUCAUGGAAUUCAAAGAGUAACUACGUAAUCUCUCGUAUACAGAUGCACUUUGGGUGGAUGGGGGUGUUUGUAUAUGUGCGUGGGCCCAUCUCUCUAAAGGACCUGAGUAUUCGUCAUAGACGCAGGGUUUGGCACCUGAUCACUCAAUGCCUUAUCGUAUCUAUACUGUCUGGUGCUGCGCUGUUUCUCUAGAUUUGCUGUGAAAAUCUCAUUCAGCGCCACAUUUUGCCUCAUUCAGCAGUUUAGUGUUUCCUUUCAGAGGUUCUCUUUUACCUUUUUGGGAGCGUAACAUCCAUAAAUGUUCCUGAUGUGGAGGAGCAUAAAGGUUAUUUACAGAACUUAAAGGGGAGCUUCACUCUCUUUUCAAAAUUUCUACAGAAUUAUGUGGUUGAGAUGUAAACAGUCAGUCAGAGCGGACUGGUGUGAAACGCUCUGUUCUGGAGAGACUUAAGAGACAGAAUUGGGUCACAGUGUUGGUGAUGGGAACCAGACGUCCACCUCUAAAAGCUCCCUCACAGAAAGUUAUUGCAUUUCUGUGAGUAUGAGUACCUGCCUGGUGUCUGAGAUGUUUGCUCGGAAGACUCGUGUAGGUUCUCUGCAAUUCUGGAUGGUAAAUAAAAUGUCUAUAUCUGUGUUGUAGUCAUGGCGACAUCUGGUUCCCAUCACCACCACUGUAAAGACAUCUGAACCAUUUUACACCAAACCACCCUGAAUCACUCUGUUUACAUGUUAACAGUUCAAUUAUGUAGAUGUGUGAAAAUGUGAAAAUUCCCCCUUUUAAAGGAAGACUUUAAAUUUCUGAAUGAAAAUCCAUCCAUAAUUUUGCUAUUAAACUGCAGUUUGUGUUGCGUUUAACUACAUCUGCUUUUCCUUAAUUGCGAAGCACUGAGAUGGAGAGCUCUGCAAGUCAACUGGCCCUUGGAUUUGGCUGGUUUUGCUGCCCACAUGGUUAAUUUUUGUUUCAUGGAUCCAGGAAAGAACCCUGGUGAAAAUGGUCAUGUUAAAAAAAAUAUAUUUAGAUAUUCUGGCUUUACUGAAGGUAAAUAAAGGUUUGUACAUGUCUUCUUUUCUCUGC